UGGGUUUUCUCAAUAGUUGGCGCUGGCGUUUGUUCCUGCAGAAGAUGUUUCGCGAGUGUUCAAUAUGUUGAAGCCAACAUUACCACAGAGCAUGGAAGAAUUGGCAAAAUAUUUUGACAGAACUUACGUCAAUGGAUCAAGAGAGCUCGUUCGGCGCCGAUACAGGGUGCAACCUCCGAGGUACAGUCCAGUUCUGUGGAACCAUUAUCAAUCAGUUUUACAUGACGGGCCACGUACGAAUAACGCAACAGAAGGUUGGCAUAAUAGAUUCCAAAGUUUAGUAGGAAAAAACCAUCCAUCCAUUUAUUAUUUACUUCGGCAGUUCUUGAAAGAGCAGGUGGACACGGAGAAACAGAUAAUAGAAAUUCAAGCUGGACGGAAGGUGAGAAAACCAAGGGAGGCAAAGUACGAGCGACUUAACAUCAGGCUGAGAACGAUUGUCUCCCGUUAUGAAGAGCACAAAACAGAACGUACAGAGCUGGAUUACUUCAGAGCAAUAGGCCACAACAUUGCCUAAUCAUCGUGAGUCACCUAAAUUGCCUAA